AUGCCUCUAAGAGUGUUAUUGCCAUCUUUAUAUAAGAGAGUACGCGAAAAAUGGAUUACAUGGAAUAUUUUUGAUUCACGAACGACAGAUCCAUUAAUAGUUCGUCGUGAGAUCUUAUCAACUCGUCUAUAUAUUAUUCUUGUUCUUGUUUCUCUUAUUAUUUUAACAACAUACGCUUCCCUUAGUCAACAGAAUGAGACUAAAACUGUAUUAUUUCCAAGUGAAUCUGUUUAUAAAAAUCUAUUAAAAACAUAUACUNUUGUACAAAAUUGUCUCUGCCUUCAUGCUCAAUUGAUAGCAACAAAGCCCUAUUUUCGAGCAUCAGCUGAUGAAAUUCAAUCCCUAAGUAGUAAAGAUAUUGAAAGUGCUCUGGAAAACAGUUUGAAGCGAACGUACAGCAACGUAAAACCAAACAGUACGGUAAAUAAGCUUCUUCAACAUAUUAAAACCGUUGGAGGCCGAGUCAUGGGCUCAGCGUAUUCAAGAAUGGCUUUGCGUACACAAAUCCACGCGCUUAUAUAUAACCAAGGUCUACCUAGUAUAUUUCUUACAAUCAAUCCGGCUGAUAUUCACAGUCCUGUAGCACUGUAUUUUUCAGGUGUUGAAAUUAAUCUAGAUAAUCUUCAAAGUGAACAACUUAUGGAUACUUAUAAGAGAGCUGAAAUUGUAGCAUCGCAUCCAGUUGCCACCGCUAAAUACUUUCAUAUAUUGAUUAGUAGCGUCUUAGAAACCAUGAUAAUGGGCGGUGUUCUUGGUCCAGUAAAAGCUUAUUUCGGUACUGUUGAAAGUCAAGGCCGAGGUUCUCUUCACUUGCAUCUUCUCAUUUGGCUUGAUCAUAAUAUGAAACCGAGUGAUCUGCAGAAAAAUGUUCAAGAUGCCAAUUUUCGUAACAAGCUGAUAGCAUAUUUAGAAGACAUCAUCAAAGAAGAUCUAGACGACUUCAGGGAAAAGCAUGUUGUCAAAAACUUUAACAUGUCAAAGCCAAUCAGUGCUUUCCCACGAAGCUCUCAAAACAACAUUUAUGCAGAUCUAUGCGCUGUUGACUUAUUAGACGAUAAUCAAAAUCAACCUCAAUCUCCUGCUCGCGCAACAUCUAGAAAACGGCAACAAUCGCUAUCAGUUCCAAACUGUUCGUCAAAAAUUUCUCUUGGCUCUACAUCCCGGCAUCAAACGCAGCGAACACCAACUCAGAGCAAACAACCAUCUCCAUUAUUGGUAGGCUUUUCCUCACCGAUUUCGUUUGGCUCUCCAUCUCCGCAUCAAGUGUCACGGACUCUAGUCCCUAGCCAGGCAACAUCAGAUGUAAUCAAGUCAAUCAGAAAGUCAACUGUACCUCUAGCUUGCUUAUUUGCUCCCAAUCCGUCAUCGCCUAAUUUUUCAUCUCGAUUUCGAGAAGAUGUAAUGCAGUUGGCUGAAAAGGAGAACAAGCAUAAACAUACCGCCAGUUGCUAUAAGUAUUGUAAGUGCAAGGAAAAUGAAAAAAAGAAGUGUCGCACACGUAUGCCACGGAAAUUAGUGCCAGUUUCGACAAUUGAUCCAGAAACAGGUCUUAUCUCAAUGCGUCGAUCGGAUCCACUCAUUAACAAUUUCAAUGAGUAUAUUAUGGCAGCUUGCCGUUCCAAUAUGUAUAUCAAAUUUAUUUGGAGUGGAAAUGAUGCAAAGGCGCUAGUCUAUUAUAUCACUGAUUAUGUAACAAAAAUGAGUAUCUCUUUUCAUGACACCCUUUCGCUUGUGCAAAAAUGUGUUACAUCUAUCGUGAAUCCAUCUCAUCAGUCAAAUCAACAGAACGCUAUUGAGAAAUCAUGA